AUGUCUCAGAAUGAAGUGCUGGGAUGUCAGGAUAUAGAAUGUAACAGGACAUUAGUAAACAGAACUAUGAGAUUAUAUAGAUCUAUUGGUGGACGCCCAGUUGAUAUUAAACAAGAAAAUAUAAAAAAGAUGAAAACUGUUUCAUUUUCUGCUCUAUCAACGAAAAAUAAAAAAAUUCAAGAUAUCAUUGUCAAUACUCAUAAUAUAUUAAGAAGCUCUGUGGAUCCACCAGCAACAAACAUGCUGAAAAUGCACUGGAAUAAAGAAGCUGCAAAAACUGCAGAAAAGUGGGCAAAAUUAUGCCUUCAGAAUCACAGCCCAAAGGAAAUCCGGGUGACGUCUAAGUUCCGCUGUGGGGAAAACUUGUACUUUUCAACAUUUAAAACCGCAUGGGAGGAUGUUAUUAACGCAUUCUUCAGCGAACGUGAGGAUUUUGUAUAUGGAAAAGGAGGCAAAAGGCCUGGGCUGGAGAUAGGACACUAUACACAGCUGAUGUGGUACCGAACACACCAGAUUGGGUGCUAUGUCCAUAAGUGCCCUCAGAGCUUAUACAGAUACUCCUAUGUGUGUCAUUACUGCCCGGCGGGGAACACAGGCAAUUUGAAAGUCCCUUACAAAGCUGGCCUGAGAUGUGCAGACUGUCGGGGUUCCUGUGACAAAGGCCUUUGCACCAACUCCUGCCCAUAUCAAGAUAAAUUUAAAAACUGUGAGGAAUUUAAUGUGGACGGUGCAUGCGCGAAAGAUAAAGCGCUAAAGUACGACUGCCCCGCUACCUGCCUCUGCACUAACAAACAGAUUAAAUAA